AUGUCACAUCCCGCGGCAAGCAUCAAGUCCAUCUUUAGCGGGCGAGUCAACCUCACAGAUACAGAGUAUGAUGACGCCUCCACCACCAGAGAUUCGUAUGCGGAUUCUCGUCAGGAGUAUCAGGAUGACCAAGAGUAUCCAGAUCGAGUAUUAGUGAAUAUUGGUAACUUCGACUCGGAUGCUGUAGAGAGCCAGCAAGACGAGAGGUAUGAGCGGUCCAGUGAUUUCAGUUACACAAAGCCAACGUUGCGUGAUCCUAGAGACGCUGACUCUUAUUCAGUUUCGUCCAAGAACCUAAGAAUUAUGGCUCUACAGAAGGGUUCUGCAGAACCAUACGACCAGCGCAGUUCGUCUACCAACAUUUCGCUUGCGUCAUCAGGUAGCGACUACCAGCAGUCGUUUAUUCCUGACCAGGAUGCAUACUUGCUGGACUCCAGUCAGAUAGAUGUAGGCGCCGACGAAAUCUCGCGCCCAGUGUCUCGUAACUCCACCACGUCAUGCCUUCUGACCACAGCCACCAAAGAUGGUAUCGAGGGAAAGAAGUUACAUCGUCAUGGCCCUACUCCGUAUUUUUCCAGUGUGAUAGCUGACAUGAUCAGCCACCAACGUCCAUUAGCAACGCUGCGAGGAGCAGUUGACCCUCGGGGCCAGAAACAAGAACCCAAACUACCGCCCGAUGAGAAGAGCGAGCUCGUGUAG